UAUUAUUUAUAGCCCGUCUACAGUCGCAUGAUCCAGAAAAUAGAUAUUAUGCAGCAUGAAUUAUUGUAAUAACUAAUGCUCUCUUUAUAUUUCUGGAUGUAUUACGUUCGAUAGCAAUCGGGAUUUGUGAUUGCUAUAAGUAAUAUCCAUAAACGAUAAUGUUUAUUACGAAACAUAUUUUGGUUGGUGUUCGCUCUCUAGCGAUACACUUUCACCCCGCAGGGUCGUCGAAGCCUGCGCCGUUCAAUGCCAGUUGUGCUGUCGUUCGAUACGGUAGUGUUUCGUCGACCUCGCCCAAUAGAAGGAAAAUGGCAGACAAAUUAACUCAGGAAGAGCGCGACUCCCAACUCCAGCCCUUGCUGCAGUCUGGUUGGAAAGUACAAAGCAACCGGGAUGCUAUUGAAAAAGAGUUUCAAUUCAAAGACUUCAACCAGGCUUUUGGCUUUAUGACUAGAGUGGCACUGUUAGCUGAGAAAAUGGAUCACCAUCCUGAGUGGUUUAAUGUUUAUAAUAAACUCCAAGUGACCCUGUCUUCACAUGAUGUUAAUGGCCUCAGCAAGAGAGAUAUCAGGAUGGCUACCUUUAUGGAUAAGAAUUUCAACUAAAUUAAUAUCUAUGAUCAGUUGAACCGAGAAAAUAUUCAAAGAUGUAUAAUGUUGACUAAUUAAUGUAUUUAUAUAGUGUUGUAUUACAUGUAUGUGUGUGUGUGUAUGCAAAUAUAAUAAUGUAUUAAAAUUGCAUUACAUAUUUU